AUGAGGAUGUACAUCAAUUAUCGAGAACUAAACAAAAUUAUAAUUAAGAACAAGUAUCCUCUUCCAAGAAUCGAGGACUUGUUUAACCAAGUUCAAGAAGAAUGUCCCGAGGAACCUACUGAGACUACAGGCAAGUCCAAGAGGGCUGCGUAUGAUAAGUGGAUCACUGCUGAAAAGAUGGCUCGCCAUUACAUUUUGGCAUCCAUGUCAAACGUGUUACAGCAAAAGCUUGAAAGUCAGGAGACCUCUUAUGACAUACUAGAAAGCCUGAAGGCCAUGUUUGGACAUCAAAGUAGGAGGGCUCGCUUUGAGGCCAUUCGCACCUUAUUGAACAUCCACAUGAAAUUCGGAGCGCCUGUGAAGGAUCAUAUGUUGACUAUGAUUGCACACUUCAAUGUGGCGGAGAAUCUGGGUACAACUAUUGAUUAG